UAAGUGAUUCAAACAGUUUUUAAUUUACUUCCUCUUUCGAUUUAAGGCGAAAUUAAAGUCAAACACUCGGGAAAAAGUGAAAGUAGAAGCGAAAAUGGCUACUGACGCGGAAGAUCCGCUGAAUGGUACCAGGAAAUCGGAAUCAUUUUGGAGGAGAUGCAUAAGUUACCCUUCAUUGGUCAUAGAUUGGUUUAUCAGUAGUAUUUUGCGGCUACAGUUAUUUACAUAUCAAAAAGUUGCUGGAAGGUCGCCUUUAUUUUUAAAAGGAACAACAGAAGAUUCAAAGCAAGAAAUAUCGAAACUUACCAAUAAAAUAAAAGAAUUAACGACGCAGAAGCAACAACUAUGGGACGAAAACAACCGCUUAACAGAAUCAAACACCGCAGAAACCGAUGCAAACAUAGCACUUAAAGAAUCAAAGGAAGACCUAGAAAACUCAAAAAGUAAACUUUUGUUUGAAAACGAAGAACUAGCCGAAGAGAUAAAACAUUUAAAGGUUAAGAACGAAACACAAGAUAAAGAGAUCGAAGAACUUCGUGACAAGAACAGCGAACUAGAGGAGAAGAAUAAAAAACAAGCAGACAAACACAAAGAACUAGACGGAGAGAUUAAAGAACUUCGGGACAAGAGCAGCAAACUAGAGAAGAAGAAUAAAGAACAAGCAGACAAACACAAAGAACUAGACGAGAAAAACUUAAAAGAAGAACGAUUGAACAAAAACCUUCAGCAAACAAUUGAACAGCAGUCACAACAGAUCGAUUCAGUAAAUAAAGAAAUCGCUAUUCAACUCGUGGAAAUUGAAACUUUGAGUAAGGAGAUCGAGUCACUGAAAAAUAAUGCAUGUUUAUUGCAAGACAGGCUAAAGACUGAAAUAUGUGAAAAUUCAGAGCUUCAUGAUAGAAUACAGGGUUUAACUGAAGAGAAGAGUGUUCUAGAGGAAGAAAAGUUAGAUGCACUUAGAAGACUGAGUGAACAAGUGUCAGUAAAACUUAGAGACAACAAUCCAAACAUCGUGGAUUUGAGUGACCAGUGUCGACCAACAAAACUUGCAGAGAUGUUCAGCGAGUUGUACGACAAUGAAUGGACGAAUGCUUUCAGUGUACUUGAAGACGCUUUAACAGAGGAACAGGCAAUUGUGGUUUUACUGGAUACUGUAAUGAUAGCGUAUGGAUUCUGUGAGACAAAGGUGAAUGAACCUUGGCAAGUAUUGACAGACUGGUUUAUUGAUGAGAGUCUUCCAGGGGUCCAGCAAACAACGAAAUGGCUUAAGGAUAGUCGUAAGACGAAUAUUCAGAAAAAGGUGUCUGAAACAGAGAAGAAUUUCAGUGAGGCAAUAUUGAGAAUGUGCACUGCAGAGAGCCUGAAACCACUUCUGUCGCAAACCGACAUAAAAUUUUACUUUACGAAAUGUAUCGAGCUUUGUCUGCUAAUGGUGGCAACCGAUCCACCCGUUGUUCUGGUAUGUCCUGGCUGGGAUGCCAUUCAGAGGACUGCUGACGAUAAAGAGCUGCAACAUGAACAAGAGAAAACUCAUACAAACCAAAUGAUGGAAGGUCAGAUCGAAACCGCAAGUCAUACCAAAACGGAACAAGGUGAAGAUCCUACCGAAACCGCAAGUCACACCAACACGGAAAAAAGUGAAUAUCCUACCGAAACGACAAGUCAUACCAACACGGAACAAGAUGAAGAUCCUACCGAAACCGCAAGUCGUACCAACAUGGAACAAGGUGAAGAUCCUACCGAAACCGCAAGUCAUACUAACACGGAACAAAAAGAAGAUCCUUCCGAAACUGCAAGUCAUACCAACACGGAACAGAGUGGAGAUCAGAACGAAACUGCAAGUCAUACCAACACGGAACAAGGCGGAGAUCAGAACGAAAUCGCAAGUCUUACCAACACGGAACAAGGCGGAGAUCAGAACGAGAGCGCAAGUCAUACCAACACGGAACAAGAAGGAUAUCAGAACGAAACCACAGGUCAUACCAACACGGAACAGGAAAGAGAUCAGAACGAAACCGCAAGACAUACCAACAUGGAACAUGGCGGAGAUCAGAAUGAAACCGAAAGUCAUACCAACACGAAAGGCGGUGGAGAUCAGAACGAAAUCGAAACUCUUACUAUCACGGAACAAAGCGGAGAUCAGUACGAAAGCGCAAGUCAUACUAACACAGAUUAUAGAGAAACCAACAAUGAACAAGAUGAAGAUCAUAGUGAAACCGCUAGUGAUAACACUACGAAACAAGGUGCAGAUCAGAACGAAACCGCAAGUUAUACAAACAUGGAACAAGGUGAAGGUGACAACGAAACCGUAAGCCAUGAAAAUACUGAACAAGAUCGAGAUCAUACUGAAACCUCAAGUCGUAACAACACACAACAAGACGAAGAUCAUAACGAAACCGCUAGCAACAACAACACAGAACAAGGUGAUUAUAACUAUACUCAAGAAGAAGACCAGCAAGAGAAAGUGUUAAUACGUGCUAAUACAGAAGAAAAUCAAGCGAUCGAUGAACCGCAACCAGAGACCCAAAAUCAACACGUAAAAGACCCGCACCUAAAAGAUGAAAGUGACAGUACAAACCAUAGUAUCACUAAUGAAGAUAUCCCGGACAGUUUACCACAGCCAUUACAGCAAGAGAAAAAUCAAAAUAAUGAUCAUGUACCGGGCUCCGAUGAUAUCAUGAACAAUCGAGCUGAUAGUAUAGUCAUUGAAAAUAAAGAUGCUUCUGAACUACAACCUCAGCAGCAGUCUAAAAACCAAGAUGACACAGGAUUUGAUGGCGAUGGAGCUACCUGCUCUGGUAAUAUGACAGAUGACGGGGUACAAAAAGAUAACGGAACGGGAAGUGUACCCAAAGCUGAAGAAGAGCCACAGGAAGGACUGAUAAAUGGUAAUCAAGAUUCAAGUCGUGGAUCGGCGGACGAAGGUUCUGGCGACAAUUUACACGUGGGAGAAAGGGUGCUUUCGCAUUUGGAGAAUGAUACGGUCCAUACUGAUCCCAACAAAGACAACGGCAGACCAGGAGAGUCUCCUAGCGAUUAUUUAAACCAACAGCAGAAUGAAAACACUAUUGUUUCAAAUGAAAAAAUGAAGGAAGAAACACCGACAAAUGCUGAAGCGGGGUAUUUGUUUGAUAAAGAACUAUUCAAAGAGUAUACGAGGCGUGGUAAAUAUCUAGACUUUAUUGUUUGGCCAGCAAUGUGUCUACAUAAGGAUGGACCCUUGCUUAGCAAAGGUGUUGCACAAGGAAGAAAGGAUCAGUACGCGGUAAAGAAUGGGACAGGCUGGACAUGGAGAAGCCAAAAUUAGUGAAGAUGACCCUUUUUGACAUUCUGAUGGCAAAUGCUGUAUUAUGAUAUGUUUAGUUUAUUUUAAAGUAUAUGCGUCUGACUAAAUUUAUAUAUUGUAAUGUUAGAUAUAUUUCUAUAUUGAUUAUUGAGAGGAUUGUUAUUGUUACAGACUGUAAAUGUGGAUGUUGUUUUUGUAAAAUCAGUGAAAUGCUCGAUGAGUGAUUCAUAUAUCACACUAUUUUCCAUUCUUUUUGUUUUGUUUUAUAUAAACAGAAACGUAUUCAAACUUAAAUUUAUUAAAUAUUAUAUGUAAUUAAACCUUUAUAAACAGUU